CCACCGUUAUUCUACAGGGCAUCGCACUGAAGUUACGAGGACCGCGCAAGCGUUCUUACCUACUUCACAAACGGUCUUCUUCAGUCUCUUGCGGUUGUCCAUUAAGUUUUAGAGUUUGUUUGGAAGUGACUUUUGCAGUUCUAAGCGUAUUUUCUGAGAGCUGGAACUUUCCCGUUUUUCACAAUGGAAACUAUUCCAUCAUUGGGAAUAUGACCAGAGCCCAGAAGAGCAGCUGAGUUCGGAGACGGAGAAGGAUACGCGCUGUUUCUUCUGCCUCUAACGAGACGAGCGCAAUCGGCAAUUAGCAAUAUUGCAAGGAUUUCAAAAGUUUAGGAAAAAAAAAAACCUGGAAGAGAAAUACACGCAGAGAGUCGCUUUGGAUUGUUUUUGAAGACCGAUUUAGUCUUUUUCUCUGUUUUGGAUACAAUGCUGUAACGGUACCUAGAGUGGAUGCAUCUCGGUCCAAGGUUCUGUCCGAGAAAGGCGGGUUGGGACUUUGACUAUGGCGCCUUCAGGUAGGAGUUUGGACAGCUUUCACCUGGUUUUGUUAGUGCUGUGGACUUUAUUGCAGUUCUCUUCAUCCAGUCAAGUCCGUCAAGAGUUUCAGGUACUGGAGGAGCAGCCGAUCGGUACUUAUGUGGGCACUAUAGAAACGAGGGCGAGUUUCACCUACCGUUUCAGCGAGAACCACAAACUUUUUGCAAUAAACGGCACGACCGGCGUUAUAUACACGUCGUCGGUAAUUGACCGAGAGACCCUGCCGAGCAACAUCAUAAACGUAGUGGUACUGUCCAGCCAGCCUAUGUAUCCGACAGAGGUGCGCAUCGUUGUUCUGGAUAUAAACGACAACUCGCCGGUGUUUCCAGACGCGUCCAUCGUCGUGUCAUUCAAAGAGGACGCGGCGCGUGGCCGACAGGUCAUUCUGGAUACGGCUACCGACGCGGACAUCGGGAGCAACGGAGUCGAUCACACCACUUACCGAAUAGUUAACGGUAACGAGCGGAGGAAGUUUCGCCUGGAUAUCACCGUCAAUCCCAGCGGUGAGGGCGCGUUUUUGCACUUGGUGACCACGGGAGGGUUGGACAGAGAGCUCACCCCGUUUUACCAGCUCCUUAUCGAGGUGGAAGAUAAAGGAGAUCCGAAAAAAUACGGCUACCUGCAAGUAAACGUCACAAUUCAGGAUAUUAAUGAUAACGCGCCCGUGUUUGACCUAGAUCAGUAUCAGAGCUCGGUUUUUGAAGACGCUGUCGUCGGGACGAGCGUUUUACAGAUAACCGCAACUGACCAAGAUGAGGGGACCAAUGCAGACGUCAGGUACUUUUUAGAUGAAGGAACUCCUUUCCAGAUCGACCCUAAAGCAGGUACUAUAGCUAUUAAAGAGGCUUUAGAUUAUGAGAGUAAGAAAGAGUAUUCCCUCACUAUACACGCUGUGGAUAAUGGCGUGCCCUCUCUCUCGGGCAGGACAGAGGCAAUUAUUAAACUCCUUGAUGUGAAUGAUAACGACCCCGUGGUCAAAUUCAGAUACUUCCCCACCACCUCCAAAUUUGCCUCGGUCGAUGAGAACGCGCAGAUCGGGACAGUGGUGGCGUUGCUAACCGUCUCCGACGCCGAUUCCUCCGCGGCUAACGGCAACAUAUCUGUCUCCAUUCUCGGCGGGAAUGAACAGGGCCACUUUGAGGUGCACACCUCCCCCGUGCCCAACCUGAGCUUGAUCAAAGUGGCCAGCGUGCUGGACCGCGAGCGCAUCUCCUCUUACAACCUGACCGUGUCCGUUUCUGACAACGGCAAGCCCAUCGCCCGUUCCUCCUUCGCCAGCCUUGUCAUAUUUGUGAACGACAUCAACGACCACCCUCCCAUAUUCCAGGAAGCGGAGUACAAGGUGGACAUCAGCGAGGAUGUUCCCAGAGGCAGCUAUGUUAAAGGGGUCUUGGCCACAGAUGGCGACUCCGGGCAGAACGCCAACCUCCGCUACUCCCUGGUGUCCGGGAACAGCUUGGGCUGGUUCGCCAUCAGCGAAAACAGCGGCCUGGUCACGAGCGCUGCUGUGCUUGACCGGGAAACGGCGUCCGUAAUCGUGCUGAACAUCAGCGCCAAGGACCAGGGCCUGCAGCCCAAGAUCUCCUACACCAAGCUGAUCGUGAACAUCAUGGACGUUAAUGACCAGGUGCCCACCUUCACGCAGAGCACAUACCAUGUGGCGCUGGUCGAGCACUCGCCCACUGGUAGCGAACUGCUGCUGCUGUCUGCCACGGACACGGACCUGGGCGCCAAUGGCACGGUGCACUUCACCUUCGACCCUGAGACCCCGGGCCACGUGCAGGAAUUGUUCCAGCUGGAUGCGGCAACGGGAAGGUUAAGCGCCGCUACCGAACUGGACCGAGAAGAACGUGGCUCCUAUCUCCUCUACGUCAAAGCUACUGACUCUGGAUCUCCACCUCUGCACUCUGUUGCUAAAGUCAACGUCACAAUAAAAGACAUCAACGACAACAGGCCCGUGUUUUACCCCGUGCAGUACUUCGCUAACAUUAAAGAAAAUGAGCCGUCAGGAUCCUAUGUCACCACCGUGUCUGCCUCAGACCCUGACCUGGAGAGGAACGGUAUGGUCAGGUAUGCCAUCACCGCCGGCGACACGUUCAAGUUCCAUAUCAACAGCGACACGGGCCGAAUCACCACCCUGGUGCUUCUGGAUAGGGAGGAGAAGAUGGCCCACCAGCUGCAAGUUUCUGCUACAGACGGAGGGGGGCUGCACUCACAGGCACAUGCCAUCGUCACCGUCACCGUGGUGGACACGCAGGACAACCCCCCGACCUUUAGCCAGAAGGAAUACAGCUUUGUGAUGUUUGAGAACGUAGCCCCUAAUUCUGUGAUAGGGACUGUAUCUGCCACUACGGUUGAUCUGAACACUAAUAUCACGUAUCUGAUUGCGUCAGGGGACCAGAGAGGCUUGUUUGCUGUUAAUAGUGCCACAGGACACAUAAUGGCUACUGGUCUGAUAGACAGAGAAGAGCAAGCGUUUUAUCAGCUGAAGGUUAUAGGCAGAGGAGGAGAUGUUAUGGGGGAAGCUUUAGUAAACAUCACUGUGAAGGACUUGAAUGACAAUGCGCCACAUUUCCUUCAUGCAGUGGAGCACGUAAGCGCAGUGGAAAACUGGAACACAGGCCAUCAUAUAUUCCAGGCUAAAGCUUCUGACCCAGAUGAAGGAACUAACGGCAUGGUGGUGUACAGCCUACAGCAAAAUCCCAGACGGCUGUUUCAUAUUCAUGAGAAGCAUGGCCUCAUUACACUCACUGGGCCGUUAGAAGUGACCACCAGCUCGUACCAGAUCGAGAUCGUGGCCUCUGACCUUGGCGUUCCUCAGCGCAGCUCCACUCUCCUUCUGACGGUCAGUGUAUACGAUGUCAAUGACAAUGCUCCCACGUUCGACCAGCUCUCGUAUGAGGUCAUCAUCCCAGAGUCUGAGCCAGUGAACAGUCGUUUCUUCAAGGUGGAGGCCCUGGACAAAGAUUCUGGACUGAACGGAGAAAUCGUGUAUGACAUCACAGACGGCAACAGUAAUGACGUUUUUGGGAUCUUCCCCGAUGGGCAGCUGUACAUCAAGGCAGAACUGGACAGGGAAGUGCAGGACAGGUAUGACCUGGUGCUGGUGGCGCGCGACCGAGCGGUGGAGCCACUGAGCGCUAGCGCUAAUGUGACUGUGAUUCUGGACGACGUCAAUGACAACCGACCCCUUUUCAACAGCACUAAUUACCUCUUCCGUUUUGAGGAAGAGAGGCCUCGAGGCUCGUUGGUUGGGUGGGUUUUCGCAGAGGAUAGAGAUGCUGGUCCAAACAGUGAGGUGAGGUACUCGUUCGAAACCCCCCAGCCCAACUUUGAACUCAAUGCCAUUACCGGGGAAUUGACUAGCACCCUGCAGCUGGACAGGGAGUCCCUGAUGAGGCAGCGAGGCACUGCGGUGUUCGCCUUCACGGUCAUCUCGUCUGACCAGGGUCUCCCCAAGCCUCUCAGAGACCAGGCCAAAGUGCAGGUCUACAUCCAGGACAUCAAUGACAAUGCCCCCAAAUUCAGCAAAGACAUCUACCGGGCCUCGAUCUCAGAGUCGGCACAGAAUAUGACCCAGCUGCUGAGGGUUUCUGCCUCGGACAUGGACGAGAGCAAAAAUGGGCUGCUACACUACCACAUCUCGGAGGGCAAUAAGGAGAACUGGUUCAGCAUUGACAGCAGCUCUGGUCAAGUCACGCUGGUGGGAAAGCUGGACUAUGAGACCACGUCUUCUUACUCUCUCAAGAUCGUAGCCGAAGACUCAGGAUCAGUCCCUCUGUCCUCUUCCUGUCUACUAAGCAUUAAUGUUCUGGAUGAGAAUGACAAUUCCCCCUCUUUCCCCAAGUCCACCAUGACAGUGGAUGUUCUGGAGAACAUGAGGAUUGGAGAGCUAGUGGCAUCCGUCACAGCGACAGACUCGGACUCAGGUUCCAAUGCUGAUAUCACGUAUAGCAUCGUGGCUAACAACAACCACGGCACGUUCAGUAUUAGUCCGAGUACCGGGAGCAUUUUCCUGGUCAGGAAGCUUGACUAUGAAACCCAGUCCCUUUACAAACUCAACAUCACGGCCAAGGACAAUGGGAUGCCGCCCAGAUCCUCUUCUAUCCCUCUUGUAAUCCACGUUCGGGAUUUCAACGACAACCCUCCUGUUUUUACCCCGGGUGAUAUCUUUAAGUCCAUCCCAGAAAACCUUCCCCUUUCGACCUCUGUGAUGACAAUCACAGCUCAUGACACAGAUGCAGACAUCAAUGGGCAGUUAGAGUAUUCCAUCGUCCAGCAGACACCAAGAGGAAGCCAUUUUUAUAUUGACCCUUCCUCCGGAGACAUUCUCACAAACAACAAGAUUGACCGCGAGUUCUCCAACAUGUUUGAGCUGACAGUCAAAGCAUCGGACCUGGCCGUCCCAGUUGAGUUCCGGCGGUUUGCUCUGAAGAAUAUCACAAUAUGGGUCACAGACCAAAAUGACAACACUCCCAGCUUCAUAUCCCAGAAUGCCCUGGUGGCUGAAGUCAACAUUGUGAUCGGCUCGAUCCUGACCACGGUUGUGGCCUUCGACCCCGACGAGGGUGCAAACGGAGAGGUGGAGUACGAGCUGGUGAAGGGCGAUUCGGACACCUUCAUCAUGGACAGGUACAGCGGCGACAUCCGCGUGGCCUCUCCGCUCGUCCCCUCCAAGCUCAUCUACAGCCUGACUGUGUCCGCCACCGACCACGGCACCGAGCGCAGGACCGAGCGCACCGACCUGACCAUCAUCCUCCGAGGUCCGGAUGGGCCUGUCUUCUCUCAGGCCAAGUACAUCACCAUCCUGAAGGAAGGGCAGCCCGCCGGUACUGAUGUCAUCUCCCUGGACGCGUCCAGUCCGCGAGGCUCGGCCGCCAAGGUGGAGUAUUUCAUCGUGUCUGUCCGCAGCGGCGCAAGGGCCGUGGGGAGGCUCUUCUCCAUUGGGCGUCACACGGGCGUUAUCCAGACAGCCACGGAGCUGGACCGGGAGCAGGGUGAGGGCCUGUACCUGCUGGAUGUGUACGCCAUCGAGUCCGAAGCUAGCCAGCCCCGAACACAAAAGGCUGAGGUUGAGAUUACCCUCCAGGACAUUAAUGACAACCCUCCAGUUUUUCCCACCGAUAUCCUGGAUGUGACUGUGCAGGAGAAUGUUGGUGAUGGCUUUAGGAUAAUGCAGCUAACAGCCACCGAUGCUGACGAGGGUCCAAACGCUCUGGUCACCUACACCAUCAUCAGCGGGGCGGACGACAGCUUCCGUGUCGACCCUGAGUCGGGUGACCUCAUUGCUACGAAGAGGCUGGACAGGGAGCGCCGCUCAAAAUACUCCCUCCUGGUGCGCGCCGAUGACGGGCAGCAGUCGUCAGACGUGCGUGUGAACAUCACUGUCAGCGACGUGAACGACCACGCCCCCAAGUUCUCCCGCUCCGUCUACACCUUCGACAUUCCCGAGGACACGACACCAGGCUCCAUCGUGGCAGCCAUCCUGGCAAGCGACUCAGACUCUGGCACGAACGGCGAAAUAACCUACUCUCUGGAGGAUGACCCAGACGACGCCACCUUCAUCCUGAACCCUGUGACGGGCGUCUUCAAUGUGUCGCAGCCUCUGGACUUUGAGGCGCAGCAGUACUAUGUCCUCAGCGUGCGGGCGGCUGAUGGGGGAGGCCAGGCCAGCUCUGUCCGCGUCUACUUCAACGUCCUGGACGUCAAUGACAACCGGCCGGUCUUCAACGCCACCAGCUACAGCGCAUCGGUCUUGGAGAACCUCAGUCCUGGGACGUCUGUCCUCACAGUGGCAGCCAGCGACGCAGACAAUGGACCCAACGCCUUGCUGGCAUAUGGCAUCGCCUCCGGAGAUCCUCAGGACCAGUUCGGCAUCACACCCUACGGCGUCCUCCAAACCCGGAAACUCCUGGACCGGGAAGCACGCUCCUUCUACAACCUGGUCGUCACCGUUAGCGACCAGGCCCCGCCCCCCGCUCCCCGCUUCACGAGCUCCGCCCAGGUGUCCAUCAUUCUUCUGGACGUGAAUGACUGCGCGCCAGUGUUCACCUCGCAGACGACGGCGUACGUGCAGGAAAGCACGGCGCUGGACACGGCGGUGUUCACCGCGCAGGCGGCCGACGCAGACAGCGGCCCCAACAGCUACGUGGAGUACUCGCUUACCGGUUCCCACGGCAACAAGUUCAGCGUGGGCGCGGUGGAUGGCGUGGUGCGCCUGGUGGGCGAGCUGGACCGCGAGGAGAUGGCCAAUUACACACUAACAGUGGUGGCCAUGGACAAGGGCCAGCCGGCGCUCUCCUCUGCCAUGGAGGUGACCAUGGUGGUGCUGGAUGUGAAUGACAACACGCCGAGCUUCUCGCAGAACAUCUACGACGUGGAGAUUGAGGAGGACACGCUCAGCGGCACCGAUGUCCUGCAGGUGUUCGCCAGUGACGCUGACGAGGGCACCAACGGCCAGAUCCGCUUCUCCAUCGCUUCCGGGAACAGGAAUGGCGACUUCCGCAUCGACUCGGUGACGGGGGUGAUCUCCGUGGCGAAGCCGCUGGACCGGGAGGCGUGGGCGUCUUACUCGCUGGUGGUCCAGGCGGCGGACCGCGCAAGCAGCCCCAGGGUGGACCGCGCCACGGUGAACGUGGCCCUGCUGGACGUCAACGACUGCAUGCCCACGUUUGAGCUCUCUCCGUACACCGUCACAGUCCAGGAGAACCUGAAAGACCUGCCCAUCAACAUCUUGCAGGUUGUGGGCCGUGACGAUGACUCCGGUCUUAAUGGGCACCUGAGCUACAGUCUGAGCGGCGGGGACGAGGAAGGCUGCUUCAGCCUGACAUCCAGUGGGCAGCUCAGACUGGCGCGCACUCUGGACCGCGAAGCUCGGGACCACUAUGUCCUCCUGAUUACCGCCAUUGACUCAGGCUCUCCCUCUCUGAGUGGCUCUGCUACUGUCACCGUGCUGGUUGAUGAUAUGAACGACAUGGUACCAGUCUUCUUCUUCUCUUCCUACCACACUGCCAUCGCAGAAGACGCGCCCACAGGAAGUGAUGUACUGCUGGUCAACGCCUCCGAUGCAGAUGUUGAACAAAAUGGGGUUGUGAGUUACAGCCUAAGUGGAGGACAUGGACAGUUCUCCAUCAACCCAGCCACGGGCCAGAUCAUAACCAGUGCCCUGCUGGAUCGAGAGGUGCAAGGCAGCUACCAGCUGCUGGUUGUGGCAUCGGACGGCGGGCACGCCUCCCCCCUCUCCAGCUCAGCCAUGGUGUCCGUGAUCGUGACCGACAUCAACGACAACCCGCCACGAUUUCAUCAUCACCCCUACGUCACACAUAUCCCCGCCUCCACCUCUCCAGGUUCUUUGGUGUUUGCCGUCACCGUAACGGAUGAAGACUCAGGAUCCAACGCCCAGCUGCACUACUCUCUCAGCGGCAGAAACUCAGACAAGUUCACCAUUGACCCUGUCCGUGGUGCCAUCGUGGCCAAUGAGAAACUGACAGGCAGUUCUGAGGUCACGUUCACGGUCCGUGUAACAGACGGCGGCAUCAGUCCCAAAACGGACAGCACCACGGUAACCGUCCGGUUUGUGGUGGGCGAAGACUUCCCCACCAUCAGACUCAAAGAUAAGAGCUUCACCUUUCCAGAAAGCCAAGAUAUAAACACCGUUGUCACCAAGGUUACUGGGACGUCCACAAGAGCUGGGCCGUUGUCGUACUACAUUGCCAGUGGAAACUUGGACAAUGCAUUUCACAUGGACCAGCUUACAGGAGAGCUUUCUAUUAAAAAGCCACUGGACUACGAGAACAUUGAGAAGUAUGUCCUGUGGAUUGAGGGAAGGGAUCAGAGCUUCCCUCCAUAUUCAGCUUACGAGAAAAUCGAAGUCAUGGUGCUUGAUGUUAACGAUAACGAUCCGGUUUUUGAGAAAGAGCCAUUUCACGCUGAAAUUCUAGAGAACCUUUCUCCGCAGAGAGUGCUCGUGGUGUCUGCUCUUGACCGGGACAGCGGCCCCAACGGGCAGCUGGAGUACGCCAUUACCGACGGAAACAAAGACAACAGCUUCAGCAUCAACCGGGCCACAGGGGAGAUCCGCACCACACGACCCCUGGACAGGGAGAAGGUAGCUCAAUACACUCUGAAGGUGAAAGCCACAGACCAUGGCAUUCUGCCGCGGAGCACUGUGGUCAGGCUCGUUAUCAGCGUUCUGGAUGUGAACGAUAACGCCCCCAGGUUCUCCCAGAUCUUCAGCGCCAUGGUACCUGAGAAUGCACCCGUGGGAUACACUGUCACCCACGUCACCACCACAGACGAGGACACAGGGGUCAAUGCCGUGAGCCGCUACUCCAUGAGUGACACGAGCCUUCCCUUCAUGAUCAACCCCAGUACAGGAGACAUAACCAUUAGUAGGCCUCUCAACAGAGAGGACACUGACCACUACAUCGCCAAAGUUUCUGCCCAUGACUCUGGCUGGACUGUUAGCACCGAUGUGACCAUAUUCGUAACCGAUGUAAAUGACAAUGCCCCUAGAUUUAGUAAGCCAUCCUAUUACCUCAGCUACCCUGAGAUGACUGAGGUGGGGUCAUUAGUCACCCAGGUCUCUGCUACAGACCUUGAUAAGGGAGUUAAUGGUAAAAUUUUCUAUUUCAUCAGGUCUCAGUCUGAAUAUUUCCGUAUCAACGCGAGCACUGGGGAGAUAUUUAUCAAGCAGCAACUCAAGUACCAAAACUCAACUAGUAAUGUUAAUAUAAACAGGCAUAGUUUUAUUGUGACAUCAUCUGACAGAGGUCUCAAACCCCUAAUGAGUGAAACGACUGUGAUCAUAAACAUAGUUGACAGCAAUGAUAAUCCCCCCAAGUUUGAGUCAUCCUCCUACUUCACUCCAGUCACUAAGAGUGUCAAGGUUGGCACAAAACUCAUCAAAGUAACAGCACAUGACACUGAAGACUUUGGUGUCAACUCCGAAAUCGAAUACACAAUAUCAGGGGGCAACAGCUCGAAUAAAUUCCGUUUGGAUAAACAGACUGGAUGGGUGACGAUUGCCUCUUCUCUCAUUUCAGACAUAAAUAAAGUCUACCUGCUUGACAUAACAGCGACCGAUAAAGGGAACCCCCCUCUGUCAGCCAAAACCAGUCUUAAGAUCGCUGUCACAGAAGAGAACCACCACACUCCAGAGUUUUCUCAAAGCCAGGUUAUCGCUACAGUCUCCGAGAGCCUGUCAGUCGGCACGGCAAUCCGUACUCUCUCGGCCAGAGACAAAGACAAGGACAAGCAAAUGAACGGCCUUGUUACGUACAACAUUUCCUCGGGCAACAGCGACGGGCUGUUUGUGGUCAACAGUAAAACGGGGGUCUUAUCUUUGGCAAAGCCGUUGGACUACGAGAAAAAACAAAAGCACGAGCUUAGAAUCUCUGCCACAGAUGGAGGAUGGAUUGCAAAGACUAGCUAUGUUACAGUUGUCAUUCACAUUACUGACGUAAAUGACAAUUCACCACUGUUCGAUCCCAGUGAGUAUUUCCCUGUCGUGCAGGAGAAUGUGCCGAGUGGUACUACAGUUGUGAAAAUGAAUGCCAUAGACAAGGACUCGGGCUCCAAUGCGGUGUUGGCUUAUGUCAUCCAGUCUUCUGACAGUGACCUGUUCAUCAUUGAUCCCAACACAGGAGUUAUUACCACACAGGGUUUCCUCGAUUAUGAGGCUAAGCAGGUGUACCACCUGACUGUCAAAGCCUUUAACGUGCCCGAUGAAGAUCGUUGCAGCUUCGCAAAUGUCAACAUUCAGCUCAAAGGAGCCAAUGAAUAUGUCCCUCGGUUUGUGUCCAAGCAGUACUACUUUGAAGUUUCAGAAGCCGCGCCCAAAGGCACCGUGGUAGGGGAAGUGUUCGCAAGUGAUAGGGACUUGGGGGAAGAUGGUGUUGUGUAUUACCUGAUUUUCGGCAGAAGCAGGAGAAAAGGUUUUGGCAUCAAUAAAAAUACAGGUCAGAUCUACGUCACUGGACCCCUUGAUCGUGAGAAAGAAGAAAAAAUCUCCUUGAAAGUCUUAGCUAAAAAUGCAGGCAGUAUCAGAGGGGCGGAUAUCGAUGAGGUGUUUGUGAACCUCACAAUACUUGAUGCCAACGAUCCUCCAGUGUUUACCCAAGAGCUGUACGACGUUCAGGUGAGUGAAGGGCUCUCACCUGGAGCCCUGGUCACCUUCGUCAGUGCCGAAGACUCCGACUCUGUGCCGAGCUGGAGCAGGUUUACCUACUCCAUCACCAGUGAUUAUGAGAAAACUGCUUUCACCAUUAACCCACAGACUGGACAGGUGUCCGUCGCCUCUGAGCUAGACCGCGAGACCAUGCCUGUGUACAACCUGACCCUGCUGGCCGUAGACUCUGGGUCACCCGCAGCUACUGGCACCGCCACCUUGAUCGUAACUCUGGAAGAUAUUAAUGAUAAUGGACCCACCUUGGUGACCACAAAUGGAAAGGUCAUGGAAAAUCAGAGGGCGGGGACACCGGUGAUGACCCUCCAAUCCUCUGAUCCAGAUCUGGCACCAAAUCGAGGACCUUUCUCCUACAGUUUGCUUACACCUGGGUCAGCUGCAAGUUACUUCAUCUUAACCUCUUCUGGGCAGCUUAGCACCAGUCAAGCGAUAGACCGAGAACAAAUCAGCGAUUUUUACCUCUCUGUGGUUAUCAAGGACUCUGGGGUUCCUCAGAUGUCCUCCACGGGAACUGUCCAUGUCAAAGUUGAUGAUCAGAAUGACAACCCAUCCCAGCCUCGUUCUGUGGAGAUCUAUGUUCACUACUUUGGGAACACGUUUCCUGGAGGGUCACUUGGCAUUGUAAAGCCUCAGGAUCCAGACACACAGGACACAUUCCACUGCUCUUUAAUCCCUCCUAUCAUAAGCCUCUUCAGUAUCCCCUCGGGGACUUGCAACCUCAACUCAAAUGCUCGGUCUACGGAUGGGAUGUUUGACCUGUCGGUGCACAGCAGCGACGGUGUCCACGGGGCUGUCAACAGCAACAUUCGUGUUUUCUUCAUCGCAUUCACCAACGCCACUGUGGAUAACAGCGUUCUCAUUCGACUUAGUUCCCAUAGUAUCAGCAGCUUUCUCACCGGCCAUUACCUCAGCUUCUUACGCGUCGCAAAUUCUAAGCUAGCAGGUCUGGGUACCGGAGUUCAGCUCUAUGGGGCUUUUGAGUUGGGCAAUCACACCUUCCUUAUGACAGCUGUCAAACGGGGCCAGGGACAGUAUGUCAGCCCCAGUGGUGUGGCCACCUUCUUCCAGAGCAUUAAAGAGGUGCUGCACAGGCAAAGUGGGGUUCGAAUCGACUCCGUUGACCAUGACCCCUGCACUCACAACCCUUGCCAGAACGGCGGCAGCUGCAAGCGGCGUCUCAGUGUCGGACCAGACAUAAUGACAGCAGAAAGCAUCCCGGUCAUUCUCGUCUCAAAUCGCCCCCUGCAGCCCUAUGUCUGCAAUUGCAGGCCAGGCUAUGCUGGCAAUCUGUGUGAAACGGACAUCAAUGAAUGCUUCCCUUCCCCAUGUCACAAUGGAGGGACAUGCCACAACCUUGUGGGAGGCUUUACCUGUUCCUGCCCUGAAGGCUACACUGGGAUGGCAUGCGAAAGAGACAUAAAUGAGUGUCUGUCCAGUCCGUGCAAGAACGGGGCACUGUGCCAAAAUUUCCCGGGCGGUUUCAACUGUCUAUGCAAAUCCGGAUUCGCAGGGAAAACCUGUGAUUCCAUCAUCAAUUACUGUGAGUGUAACCCCUGUUUUAAUGGAGGUUCCUGCCAGAGCCGUGUGGAAGGCUAUUACUGUCACUGUCCGUUUGGUGUGUUUGGGAAACACUGUGAGCUAAACAGCUAUGGCUUCCAGGAGCUCUCCUAUAUGGAGUUCCCCAGCCUGGAUCCCAACAACAACUACAUCUACGUGAAGUUCGCCACGCUGAAGGAGAACUCCUUGCUCAUGUACAACCACGACAACCAGACCGGUGACAAGGCCGAGUUCCUGGCCCUGGAGAUCUCGGAGGGUCGGAUGAGGUUCUCUUUCAAUCUCGGCAGCGGCACCUACAAACUGAUGACCAUGGUGCGCGUUUCAGAUGGCCUGUUCCACACAGUCAUAGCAAGGAGAGCCGGGAUGGCUGCAUCUCUGACUGUCGAUCUGUGUGGAGAGGAUCAGGAGCCAGGCUACUGUGCUGUCAGCAACGUGGUGGUGCACACCGACUGGAUCCUGGACGUGCAGCCCAAUCGUCUGUCAGUAGGGGGCGUGCGCUCGAUCCAGCCCCUCCUCCAGCGCAGGGGUCAGGUGGCCUCCCACGACUUCGUGGGCUGCAUCAUGGAGUUUGCCAUCAACGGACGGCCACUGGAGCCAUCCCAGGCACUGUCGUCAAACGGGAUCCUGGACAGAUGUCCCAGGUUGGAAGGAGCGUGUGUCGCCAACCCGUGUCGUCAUGGUGGCACCUGCUUGGACAUGUGGUCAUGGCAACAGUGCCAGUGUGCCAAGGGCUUCACGGGCAGACACUGCGAGAAACACAUCUCUGCGGACACGGCCCUGUCCCUGGAUGGCAGCGGGCGUGUGGAUUACAGCGUGCGUCAGGGCUGGAUGAGGGAUGUGCUCCUGGAGAAGGGGCUCCAGAGCGCCGCACACACACACGCUGAGAGCAGCCUGGAAGUGAAGUUCCGCACACGCAGCAAAACAGCAACUCUGCUGCACGUGCAGGAGAGCUCCAACUACACUACUGUCAGGCUGAAGAAUGGCAAUCUGCAGUAUGUUUCUGACGCCGGAGUGGGAGGGAAGGUUGAGAGGAUUGUGGGAGAUGUAGUCCUCUCUGACGGCCAGUGGCACACAGUGCUGCUGUGGAGGAACAGUUCCUCCACCACCAUCCGCAUCGACGAGUCCAGCCUGAGGGCGGUGCAGCACGCCACCCAGGACUUCGGAGGUGUCGACGUGCUCAUGCUCUCUCUGGGAGGAGUGCCAUCACGGCCCAGUCUACAGAAGUCCGCACCAGGAUUCGAUGGCUGCUAUUUGUAUAUAAAGUACAACGGUGAGCUCCUCCCAUUUAGCGGUGAGCACCGAGCCGUCUCCAUCUCCUGGACGGAUCCUUCGGUGAAGAUUGGCUGCCGCGGCCCCAACCUCUGCGAGAGCGCCCCCUGCUGGGAUGGCCUGAUGUGCGUCAACCAGUGGUACACCUACCAGUGCGUCCCGCCGGGCGAUUGCGUGUCCAGCCCCUGCCAACAUGGGGGCAGCUGCGUGCCGUCUGCCCGGGGGGGCUUCAGCUGCGUGUGCCCGGAGCCCUAUACAGGCCGCGUGUGCGAGAGCCUGGUGGCCUGCCUGGGUGUGGCCUGCCCCCAGGGCACCACGUGCAAGGCGGCCAGCGGCGAGGGCUUCACCUGCAGCCCGGACGCCAGCGCCGAGGAGCCGACACUGCCCAUCUGGGCGGUGCCAGCCAUCGUGGGUGGUUGUGCCAGCCUUCUCGCCCUGGUGGUGCUCAGCCUGAUCCUGCACAACCACUGCAAGGGCGGCAGCAAGGAUGACAAAAAGCCCAAGGAGAAGAAGGAGAAGAAGAAGAAGAAGAAGAAGAAGAAGAAGGGAAGCGAGAACGUGGCGUUCGACGACCCGGACAACAUCCCGCCCUACGGGGAUGACAUGACGGUCCGGAAGCAGCCAGAGGGGAACCCCAAGCCGGACAUCAUUGAACGGGAGAACCCGUACCUGAUCUACGACGAGACAGACAUCCCGCAAGUGGGCGAGGCGGUGCCGAGCGCCCCGUGCGUGCCGUGCGGGGUGCCCGAGGCCGACAUCGAGCACUACGACAUCGACAACGCCAGCAGCAUCGCGCCGUCCGACGCCGACAUCAUCCAGCACUACAAGCAGUACCGCAGCCACGCGCCCAAGUUCAGCAUUCAGAGGCGCAGCCCGCUGGGCUACGCCCGCCAGUCGCCGCUGCACCUUGGAGCCUCCAGCUACACGUACCAGCCCACCUACGCCCAGGGGCUCCGCUCCACACCGCUCAGCCAUGCCCAGUGCCCCACGCCCAACCCCCUCUCCCGCCACAGCCCUGCCCCCUUCGCCAAGCCCGCCCCCUUUUACCGGAACACGCCCACGCGGGAGCUGAACCUGGCACGGCGCGAAGGGAGCCCGCUGGACCUGCACGCCGAGGCGUGCCAGGCAGCGGCCAUGUUCAACUACGCCACGCGGCUCGGCCGACGCAGCAAGAGCCCCCAGGCCGCGGUGGGCCCCGGCUCCCGGCCUGCCAGCCGCCUCAAGCAGCCCGUGGAGCAGAUCCCCUUAGAGGGCGGCCCACCCGUGGGUCUCUCCAUCGAGGAGGUGGAGCGUCUCAACACCCCGCGGCCCAGGAACCCCAGCAUCUGCAGUGCCGACCAUGGGCGCUCCUCGUCCGAGGAGGACUGCCGGCGUCCCCUGUCCCGGGUGCGGAAUCCCGCCGACGGCAUCCCAGCCCCGGAGUCCUCCUCGGAGAGCGACUCGCACGACUCCUUCACCUGCUCGGAGAUGGAGUACGACCGGGAGAAGCCGGUGGCCUACAGCUCGCGCGUACCCAAGCUGUCGCAGGUCAAUGAGUCCGAUGCCGAUGACGAAGACUACGGGGGGCGGGCGAAGCAGAGGCGGUACUCCAGCCGGCGGGCGGAGGGCGGGCCCGGCGGAGGCCGCGCCCUGCUCGGGGAGCACCAGCACCAAACGCUGCCCCACAAAAUGGGCCAGGGGGCGGGCAGCUUCAACUGGGACAGCCUGCUGAACUGGGGCCCGGGGUUCACUCACUACGUGGACGUUUUCAAAGACUUGGCGUUGCUUCCAGAAAACUCCACUGCUGCUAAGGACAUUGAGAUGAACAGUGGUGAUGGUUCGGUCACCAUCAUCGCGGAAGGGGAGACCGAGCAGUACGUAUGAGAGCGUGUUUCUCCCCACACCCCUCGCUGGACUACAGGCACAGAGGAGAGGAGCGUUAGCAAUAAUAACUGAGUCGACUGUGGGGUUUUUUUUGUCUUUGGUUUGUGUAUCCGUAACAAGACGAGCUUGAAUGCAGUAAGGCAGAGCGAUAUUCCCGUAACAGUUCUCCGGGACACCUCCCUCCUGUUCAGAGCGGUGCCGUAGACACACAGCAUGUCUCCUAGAGAGAGAUUUUUAACAGUCCCCCACGCAUCCUGAAAUAGUCUUUAGUGGUCCCCUACUUCUUAGUGAAUUCCAGACUUGCAUAAAGACGUCCAUGAUGACCCGCAGAUUUCCAUUCCGUCCUUCGUAUAGCAGAAAUCCAGGGAAGGCUGCAGGAAGGCAGGCUGGAAGUGCAGCCCAGCAAUUGGACGGACCCCUCCUCUCUCGGAGCUCCGCCCCUCCUCUUUCAGAGCUCCCUGUGUGUUUUUGUGUGUGUGUGUGUGUGUGUGUGUGUGUGUGUGACAGCGUUCUGGCCACUCCAGUGUGCUGAAAGACGCUACAUUCCCGGUGUACGAGAGCCUGAGCUGAUCACAGCUGAGCGUGACUGAGCCUUCCCGAGAGAGGUUAGGGACAGGACACUGGAACAUGUGAACGGGACAUUGUGGCAUGUGAACGGGACAUUGUGGGAUGUGAACAGGACAUUGUGGGACACUGCUGCACCAGACUUCAAGAUCCACACCGUUAGAAGCCACUGCUAGUGACCUUUGACCCUGACUAAAGCAAACCCUUGCACCCGAGAUGAACCCAUCUACAUUUGCAUCAACUCUUUGGAAUUCAGUGUUCUCAGUUACAGUUUGUUCUAUUGUUCUGUUUGUCUUGUUUUGUUCUGUUUUAUAAUGUAAUGUUUUUACUUUUUUACUGUUUAUUAACUUAAAGUACUUAAACAGUGUUUUUAUGGAUAUUUUUCAUAUGCUGGAAUUUAUGAUCUUACUUUCAGGGGAAGUAAGAUUAAAGUACUUAUUUUUACAUUUGUUACUUAUGUAACAUCAGUAUUUUCCACUUUUUGAUAAAACUAUAACAUACUGUACGCUUGAUAUGUGUAAGAGCCAAUAACAAAAUAAAAAAAAAAGUAUUUAUUUAAA